GAUUAUUUUGUAGUUUUUGUGCAUUUAUUGUCAAAAUUUGUUUAGAAUGAGUUAUAUAUUAAUCUAGAAUUUAUCCAAAGUUUUUAUUUAUGUCAUACUCGAUAUGAUGCUAAAUACUGCAUAUGCGAUACAAUUCACUUCUGAAGAAAUUUGUUAUUUUCGAUAAAAAGGGCUGCAUGUAAUUUAUGUAUCCACUUGAUAGAUAUUAAUAAAGAAAAUAAUAAAACUGAAAAAUAAAAACCUUAUAUUUAAUAGUUUUUUACGAAGAAUCUACGUAUAACAAUUGAUAAUCACGGAAAUUGGAGGAGAUAUGCCAGCAGCUACGUUAGGUAGCAUUCAACAUCCAAAUAAUGAGGAUUGCGGUAUCCGAGAUGUUUGGGCUCACAACCUGGAAGAUGAGUUCCGAACAAUAAGGCAGAUUGUACAAAAAUACCAGUAUGUGGCGAUGGAUACAGAAUUUCCAGGUGUUGUUGCUAGACCUAUUGGUGAAUUUAGGAGUUCCGCAGAUUAUCAAUAUCAGAUGUUGAGGUGCAAUGUCGAUUUAUUGAGAAUCAUUCAGUUGGGCCUUACAUUUUUAGAUGAUAAUGGUAAAACGGCUGGAGGUUCAUACACAACUUGGCAGUUCAACUUUAAAUUCAAUCUACAGUCUGUAUUUUUAAGGGAAGACAUGUAUGCUCAGGACAGUAUAGAUCUACUGACUAAUUCUGGGAUACAGUUUAAAAAACAUGAAGACGAAGGCAUUGAGCCGUUAGAAUUUGCCGAGCUGUUGAUGUCAUCGGGCAUAGUACUAAUGGAGAACAUAAAAUGGCUAUCAUUUCACUCUGGCUAUGAUUUUGGUUACCUCAUCAAAUUAUUAACAGACAACAAUUUACCUCAAGACGAAAAUGAGUUCUUUGAUCUGUUAAAGUUGUAUUUUCCAACAAUAUAUGAUGUCAAGUAUCUUAUGAAAUCCUGUAAAAACUUAAAGGGUGGCCUUCAAGAGGUAGCUGAACAAUUGGAUUUGGAAAGGAUUGGGCCCCAACAUCAGGCAGGAUCUGAUUCCCUACUGACAGGCAUGGCAUUUUUUAAAAUGAAGGAGAUGUUCUUUGAAGACACUAUUGAUGACUCAAAGUUUUCUGGACAUCUUUAUGGACUCGGUACUUCUUUCGCAGUAAAUGGAACCUCAAAUAACUAUGCAAAUGAUAACGGCGACACGACGAACUCCUCAUGAAAUCCAUUUAUACUUUGUUUAUUUAAGCUGUUAAGCGUAAGAUAGAAAACGUGAAUUAUUACAA